GAGAAGCAGCAAGUUGCUUUGUCAUCUUCCUUCUUUCUGUGUCAGGUACAUCUACAUAUACAGGAAAGCACUUUCUCUUACAGAAUCUGUCUUUCUUCUCAGACUCUUCUGUGUUGUAGGUGGACUUGUCUGUGAUGUGACUGAGUUUCAUCUUGUGCACAUUAUUUAUCUGUGGAGGUUUUUCUUGUUUGAAGUCACAGACGAGAGCAGCAGCUACUAUGAGUGUAACUGUAGCAGCGAGUGGAUUUGUUGUCCUUCUUCUCACUGUGACAGUGGUACAGUGUGAGAAAGGCUGGGAUGUGAGUUACACUUCUACUGAGAUCUGUGCCUUCAGAGGAUCAACAGUGGACAUUAACUGUACCUACACAUACCCAUCCACAGUUAAUAACCAUGAUACUACAGUUCAGGAAACUUUCUGGUUCAUUAAAGAGAGUAAUGGGAUUCAUGUUGAUCUAAGGACUGAUCCGGAGUAUUCAGGUCGUGUGGAGAAUCUCUGUGGAAACAACACGUGCACUCUGAGAAUCUCUAACCUGAGAGAGAGCGACUCAGCUGUGUACAAGUUCAGGUUCACAACAAACCAACCUACUGGGAGUUUAACUGGUUCGGCUGGAGUCACUCUGUCUGUCACUGAUUUGCAUGUGCAGGUGAGCACAUCAGUGAAGGGUGACUCUUAUAACUAUGCAAAGCUCAGCUGUCAGAGCAGUUGUCGUCUUCCUGAUCAUCUGAACUACGUCUGGUACAUGAAACAACAGAAGAUGAAGAAAGGAGCAUCUUAUACAGGUUAUUUUCAUCGUUCAGCCAGAGUUUCCUGUGCUGUUAAAGGACUCGAGGAUUUCCGCUCUACGUCAAUGUUGGUAAGGAGUCUGAUUGACUGGAGUGUGAGUUACACUUCUACUGAGAUCUGUGCCUUCAGAGGAUCAACAGUGGACAUUAACUGUAUCUAUACAUAUCCAUCCUGGUGGAAUGGCCUUCAUACUACAGUUAACAAAACUUUCUGGUACAUUAAAGAGAGUAAUGGGAUUCACGUUGAUCUAAGGACGGAUCUGGAGUAUUCAGGUCGUGUGGAGAAUCUCUGUGGAAACAACAAGUGCACUCUGAGAAUCUCUAACCUGAGAGAGAGCGACUCAGCUGUGUACAAGUUCAUGUUCACAACAAACCAACCUACUGGGAAUUUAACUGGUUCAGCUGGAGUCACUCUGAAUGUCACAGACCCUCAGCUCCAGGUACAUGUGAGGAGAUCAACAGCCAAUCCAUCUUCUACCUGGACAGAGCUGACCUGUCACAGCAGGUGUCAGCUCCCUGAUCAUCUUUCCUACGUUUGGUACAAUAAGAAUAAACCUGUUGGACGAAAAAAAUACUUUCACCUCCAACACUUUAAUCCUGAAGACAGCUAUCACUGUGCUAUAGAAGGACAGGAGCGUUUCCCUUCUCCUACAUUGUACUAUCCUUCAGAUGCUCCAAAGCCUCCCUCUGUGUCAGUGAGUCCCUCUGGUGAGAUCAUGGAGGGCAGCUCAGUGACUCUGACCUGCAGCAGUGAUGCUAACCCAGCAGCUAAAUACACCUGGUACAAGAGAAGUGGACACAAACAAGAUCAACGUCUCAGUGAAGAGACACAAUUUGUCCUCAGCUCCAUACGGUCGUCAGACUCUGGAGAGUUUUACUGCACAGCUGAGAAUGAGCUGGGAAGGAGUUCAGCAAACAUCUUUAUUACUGUGACAUACGCUCCAAAGCCUCCCUCUGUGUCAGUGAGUCCCUCUGGUGAGAUCAUGGAGGGCAGCUCGGUGACUCUGACCUGCAGCAGUGAUGCUAACCCAGCAGCUAAAUACACCUGGUACAAGGAGAACCGAGCUCUGCUUCAAGGACCAGAGGGCGUUUAUCGUCUCUCCUCCAUCAGCUCUGGGGACAGCGGGGUCUACUCCUGCAAGUCUGAGAAUCAGUACGGACGGAUCAACUCCACGUCUCUACACUUAGACGUCCAGUACGCUCCAAAGCCUCCCUCUGUGUCAGUGAGUCCCUCUGGUGAGAUCAUGGAGGGCAGCUCGGUGACUCUGACCUGCAGCAGUGAUGCUAACCCAGCAGCUAACUACACCUGGUACAAGGAGGACCGAGCUCUGCUUCAUGGACCAGAGGGCGUUUAUCGUCUCUCCUCCAUCAGCUCUGGGGACAGCGGGGUCUACUCCUGCAAGUCUGAGAAUCAGUACGGACGGAUCACCUCCACGUCUCUACACUUAGACGUCCAAUACGCUCCAAAGCCUCCCUCUGUGUCAGUGAGUCCCUCUGGUGAGAUCAUGGAGGGCAGCUCGGUGACUCUGACCUGCAGCAGUGAUGCUAACCCAGCAGCUCACUACACCUGGUACAAGGAGGACGAGGACUCACCAACAGCAUCAGGACAAAUCUUCACCAUCACUGAUAUCACAGCUGAACAUGGUGGAAAGUAUCAGUGUGAGGCCCAGAACACACACGGACGUAGUAACACCACCUUACAUCUGACUGUUGGAGCAGGGAAGUCAGUGAUAAUCAUGAAUAUCAUCAGGCUGACUCUGGUGGUCGUGCUGGUUCCAGUGCUUGUCUGGACUCUGUGGACGAGGAUGAAGAAAACUCUGAGCUUGAAAUCAGAAGUGAAUGAAGCUGUGGAGAUGAUAGAGUUAGACAACUGUCCUGAGUAUGAUGACGUCACUGCUGCAGCACAGACAGAAGACACAGAGGAGCAGGAAGACCUGGUGUGAAGCCUCAGGUGCACUGUGAUUGGUUGAUGAAAGUAUGUGAGAGGAAACAGGAAGUAUCUCUCUUUCCAUCCGCGGUUGCAGCAGCAGCAGUUUGUACAGCAAGACCUUCAGAACAAGAGUAUUGUUGUGUUGUGUCUUUUACUUUUCUGAUGGGUCCAGUCAUCCAGUUUUCACAGCUUUAUUUCUGUGAGCUUUAGUUCUGAUGUUGGUUUAGGUUGAAGGAAGAUUCUCAGAUCCUACGACCCUCUGAUGGUUGGUGUGUUGGGUUUUCCUUCUUUUGUCCAUUUUGCCGGCCUGUUGUUGAAGUUGUUGUCUUUUCUGCAAUAAAUACAUUUUUUUUAUGCUGUUACCCUCUGAACUAUGUUGGACGUCUUGUCGAUGAAACUUUGAGGCUGUGGUAACAGCACGUGACUCAUCUUGUGUCUAAUACAUGAUAUUAAUGUGGUUAUUACAUGGAUAUUGAAUUAUGUAUCGUGAUUUUAUGAUUCUUUCAUAAAUAAAUGUUUUUGGUCUUUU